AUGAAAGACCGAGAGACCGGCCGAUCUCGAGGUUUCGGCUUCGCCACCUUCAGUACCCCUCAAGAGGCUGAAGCUGCAAUCGCCGCUAUGAACGAACAAGACCUCGACGGCCGACAAGUCCGAGUCAACCUCGCCAACUCUCGAGGCGGUGGUGGUGGUGGAGGCUACGGGGGAGGCGGUGGUGGUGGCUAUGGUAGCGGUGGAGGUGGCUAUGGCGGCGGUGGAGGUGGUUACGGGGGAAGUGGCGGAUUCAGCAGUAACGAUGGAGGUUAUGGUGGUAGUGGGGGUGGGGGUGGGGGGUGGUGA